ACAACCCACUCCACCAUGUGACGCGCGUUUCAAGUCGGUGUACCCUGCUUUUCUUCUCUUCAAUUACGUACCGUGACAGGAAUAUUUACUUACUCUUUUUUACUUGCAAUAAAUCAAAGGUUGUUGCCCUUUCCACUUUGGUAAAGAAACCAAUGGAAGAUGCACCCCAAAUUGGGGUUAACAAUGGUGCUGUGAAUUCACCUUGCUUACUCUCUUCCCCAACCAAACAAUACGAAAACAAUGAGUCCAGAGAUCGAAACCCGUCCAGCCAAUUGGUGGUCUCGCCCAUUUCCAGCAGGCCUCCAAAUCAUGUGAGUAAGAGUGAUGGAUAUGGAGAUGGAUUUGAUCCCCUGCACCAGGAUGAUAAUCAUCCAUUUCGGGACUCUGCACCAGGAACCAGGCGAUGGCACCGUCACGAAACCCUCUCGCUUCUCACUAUUCGAUCUCAAAUGGACGCCGCCUUCCGUGAUGCAAUCUUUAAAGCUCCCCUCUGGGAAGAGGUAUCAAGAAGGCUGGCGGAGAUCGGAUUUGAGAGAAGUGCAAACAAGUGCAAAGAGAAAUUCGAAAAUGUGACAAAGUACUACAAAAGAAGCAAACAAGGAGUCUCUGAAAAGCAACAACACAGAAAAGCCUACAGAUUCUUUAAGCAGUUGGAAGCUUUGUACCCCGACGGAAAAGGAAGCAGCAUGAAUAAUAACAUCACAGGAUGCGCUGAUGAAGGAUCAAGUGGCACAUUUGAAGCCACAGCAGAAGCGGCAGCACAAAAAUCACCCGUUACCACAAAUUUGAACGCAAUAAGCUCUUCGUCAGGGUCGUUGGACGACUGUGAUGACGAUUCUGGUAAUAAUAAUAAUAAUAGUUCCGAUAGAAGCGGCAGAAAAAGGAAAAGAAUUUCCGAGGAGAAAAUGAUGAGAUUCUUCGAAAAGUUCAUGGAAAAAGUGGCGCGGAAGCAGGAAAUGAUGCAGCAGAAAUAUUUUGAAAUCAUCGAAAAGCUCGAACAGGAGAGAAUUGUGCGGGAAGAGGCCUGGAAACGCCAAGAGCUUGCCAGGCUGAACGCAGAAGCUGAGCUGAGGUCGCGGGAUCGAGCCCUCUCCGCUGCCAGAGAUUCAGCCCUAGUCGCUUUUCUCCAAAAGGUCACAGGCCAAACUUUAAUCUUUCCACAGCCACAGCCACAGCCACAGGCAUCUCCGCAAAUUCAUCACAAUAAUCAAAGCGAACCUGCGUUGGAACCUGAAUGUAAGCGGUGGCCUAAGCAGGAAGUAGAGGCGCUGAUCAAGGUGAGAAGCGGAUUCGAAGCUAGGUUUCACAAAACCGAGCCUAAAGCAAAGCUUUGGGACCAAGUCUCAGCCGAAAUGGCCACAAUGGGAUUCAGUCGCAGCCCUAAGAGAUGCAAGGAGAAGUGGGAAAAUAUCAACAAAUAUUUCAGAAAAGCCAAAGAUAAUACCAAAGAGCGCCACGAAAAGGCCACUACCUGUCCAUAUUUUCAGAAAUUGGACGAUUUCUACAGCAACGCCAUUCCACAUUCGCCCUCUGAGAAAGCAGAGGCCAAUAUGCAUAAAAAUCGUAUGGAUUCAGUCAUACUAAAUGACAAUAAUUUUCAUAACAAUCAGCUACAUCUUCCUGAAACAGGAGAUAAUUCUCAGCCAGAUUCAACAAAUGAAGAGCUCUCAUGUCAAAAUAAUAAUGUUGCUGAGAAAGAAGAAAAGCAGCCAGAUGCGCAUCAUACUCAUUCUUCAUUCAUGGCUAUGCUUAACAACUGACUGAAAAUAAAUCGAAAGAAGCCAUUUAUGCGGGAUUGGUUUUCAUUUAUCAAAUAUAAUUUGAAUUGGGUAAUAUAUUGAUGAAAUCGAUAUAUUCACAGAAUUCAGUUGGCGAACUGUGACUGCCCAGGGAAUUUUAACACAACGGUAUUAUAUUGAUGAGAUUAUAAAAUACCAGAAGUAUCGAUUGUUAAAUGAUUAUGAAUAGCUUCACAAAACGCUAUAAUUGCA